UCUCACUUCUCAGCGGGGACCGGAGGAGUUACUGUGUGCAGGCACCGGGCGCUCUGCUCCUCUGCACACGCUGAGCCGACGCAGGGUCUCCAGCACCAUGAGCAGUGUUCGCCACCACCUUGGAUUCUUGCUCCUGGCUGAAGCGGUGCUGUGUGCUGCUGCCACACGGUUUCAAGAUGUGCUGAGCCAUGGAAGUACUUCUCCUGUCACAUCCUACAAGAAGCUACAAGGCUGGUCUAGUGAUCAAAAUAAAUGGAAUGAAAAGCUUUAUCCUUUCUGGGAAGAAGGAGAUCCCAGAUGGAAGGACUGCUGGAAAGGCGGAAGAGUGACAGCGAAAUUGGACACUGAUAGCCCAGCACUGGUGGGAUCCAACAUGACCUUUGUUGUGACUCUCCAGUUUCCCAGGUGCCAGAAAGAAGAUAAUGAUGGCAACAUAAUAUAUGAGAGGAACUGUACCAAGGAUCCUCCAGCUUCCCAGGAUCAGCAAGUCUAUGUCUACAACUGGACUGAGUGGAUCAACAACUGCAGCUGGGAAAACUGCACAAGCAACCACAGCCAUAACGUAUUCCCAGAUGGGAGACCUUUUCCUCAUUAUCCUGGCUGGAGGAGAAGGAACUUUGUCUACAUGUUUCACACGUUUGGUCAGUACUACCAAAUAACUGGACGAUCUUCAGCAACAUUUUCAGUCAACACAGCAAAUAUCACUCUUGGCAAACACGUGAUGGCUGUAUCCAUUUACAGGAGAGGGCACUCAGCCUACGUUCCAAUUGCAAGAGCCAGUGCCAUCUACGUUGUAACAGACAAAAUUCCAAUAUUUGUGAGUAUGUUCCAAAAACAUGACCGCAACAUCUCAGACUCCAUUUUUAUCAAAGACUCACCAAUUACAUUUGAUGUGAAGAUUCAUGAUCCCAGCUACUAUCUUAAUAAUUCUGCCAUCUCCUACAAGUGGAACUUUGGAGAUGGAAGUGGCUUAUUUGUAGCAAGCAGUCCCACUACAUCUCACACCUAUACUCUGCAAGGCAACUUCACUCUGAAUUUAACUGUCCAAGCCAUUAUACCUGUACCUUGCAGACCAGUAACACCCACUGCACCACUGCCCACCUCAGAAGUAACGACUGGAGCAUCUUCUGAUUCAGACUCCUCUACUGCUGUCGAGUUAAUGGAAGAUAAUCCUGAUGGAGGUUGCCAUAUUUACAGAAAUGGAUUCUACAGUACUGGUAUCUCUGUCGUAGAGGGAAUCCUUGAGGUAAAUAUUAUUCAGAUGACAGAAAGUCAAGCUGAAAACUCACUGGUUGACUUUGUUGUUACCUGCCAAGGGAGUCUCCCCACAGAUGCCUGCACAGUAGUUUCUGACCCCACGUGCCAGGUGUCCAAGAGCGUGGUAUGUGACCCCAUCAUCGUCACUGAUGAAUGCUUACUCACCAUCAGGAGAGCUUUUGAGGAACCUGGAACAUACUGUAUAAACAUCACCCUGGGGGACGACACAAGUCAAGCCCUUGCCAGCGCGCUGAUUUCCGUAAACGGAGGAUCGUCAUCAGGAACAACAGAAGGUGUCUUUAUCUUCCUUGGUUUGUUGGCAGUGUUUGCCACCAUCGGGGCUUUUGUUCUUUACAAGAGAUACAAGCAAUACAAGCCUAUUGAGAGAAGCACAGGACAAACAGAGAACCAGGAGGGACUAACUGCUUACUUCGGCAACUUCAAAGCAAUUUUCUUCCCUAGUAGCACUGAGAGAAAUCCUCUGCUGAAAAGCAAACCAGGCAUAGUUUAAACCUUUAGUCUAACACUGACUAUUAGAUUAUGUACAGACUCAUAUCUGAGCUAUACUUUAUGGGGUUUUCUUGUUAUAAAAAAACAGGGAGUAAGGCGAAAGGAAGUACAGAUGGGAUGGUAACCUUUGGGGGCUUGGUGCAAUUAGAAAUACUAAAAUAGUCUGUUGUAGAAAAUAAUUAGGUAUUUUUGAGCACUUGUUAUUCUUGUUUGCAAUCUAGGAUACACUCUUCUGAACAGCUAACCCCACCCCCCCCCCCACCCCCCACCCCCCCCUUUUAUCUGAGUUUUCUUAAAUCUAGGAUAACUACCUGCAAAACUAAAGAGAUUCAUAAUCUGGAGGGGGGGGUGGGGGUGGGUUAAUUUAAAAAAAACCAAACAAAACAAACCCCAAACCAACAACUUGUUAAUACUUAGUCUUAAACAGACAGCAUAGUAUAGCUGCUUACUGCCUUAGCAGGAUUCAUGGCUUUGCUGGAAAGAAAGGCACAGGGGGCAGGCACAUGUUGUCUGUGCAAUGAAACGUGCCAUGGCCCAUUCCCAGGCAUUGGCACUGAACCACUGACAGUUACACUGUUCAGGAGGUCCUAGCACAGUCUUGCCCCAGGCAGGCUAGCUCCCCACCAAGCAAACCCCAGAUUCUGGGAACCACCGGAGGCACUGUUCCCUACUGGGAGUUUGGCAACAGCCACCCUGUUUUGCGGAGUUCAAUAGCAUUGAAGCAGCUCAUUACAUGCCUGUCGGCCUCAGGGCCAGAAAACAGGGCUGGACACAUUUAGUUUCCUACUGGACAUGACUACCAGCGCACGAGUGUCACUAUAAACUAGACCACAAACACCCAAGUAACAAGAUGAGGCCCAUCUGCUUGGCUCUCCCUGUUGAAACUUUUACUCUGAGUCUCAUGUAAAGUCCUUAGCUGUAAUUGCUGAUGCUGUCUUUGCCUCCUUUGUUUCCGUUUGUCUUGAAACACUGGACUGGCACCACUGCUCCCCAGAGGGCAGAUCAUGUGUUCCGUGUACGAGAGUCAGCAGAACAGGGGUUCUAGCAGGAACAGGUAACAUUCAACUCCCUUUCCCCCUUCUCUUUCCAUUCUCUCCUGCUGCAAAUAUACAUCAGCUUCUGCUUGCUCCUCCAUCCCUCUCUUUGACCACUUAAUGAAAUAAAUGAAACCCCCAGUAUUAACUGGAGCACUAUGCUCCAGCUGCUGCUUUUGCGUUAUGCAACUUAAAAAGUGUAAACUUCUGCAACCUGAAUAUGCCUUCACUUGUUCACUCUAGCUGCAAUUCUGUGUUAAGAAAAUUCACGUUGAGGCCUUUCUCAAGUGAUCUGGUCUUCUGGCCGUACAUGCUCAUCACUCUGCAUUGUGGGGUUUCACAGUGCAAGACCAGAAGCAAACUACUGAAGGCUGGAUUACUGGAUGAUGAGAAAAGGAGAGCAUCUUAUUUGUAGAAGGGAAAAGGUUGCUAAAAAGGUUCACUGAAAUGAGAAAACAGACCAAAAAUGCUUUAAAUCAUUUAUUUUCCAUUACAGCCUUGCUAUUAAUAUUAAAGGUUAUAAUAAAAAUGAAAUAACUUUCAAUUGGCGGCUGGGCAAAUGACCUUACGCAAUCCAUUUCUAAACACCGGAUACUUUGAAGAUCUCUAUUUCAAUAUCAUUAUGUACUGUUUCUUGGAAGACCCCUGAUACAUACUGUUCUCAGUUCCUGAGGUGAUAUAUAAGCACAAACGUAUUUUCCUGGUAUCUUAGCAGACCUGUCAAAUGCUCGUCAUUUGUAAUCUGAAUCUAGUCGUCACCACCACUUCCCCAGUGUGCACAGACACCUCUAAAUGACUUCAGGAUAUAAAAAAAUGCAGAUUCAAACAUACCUGUGAGAUUAGUUCUUUAGUUCUAAAAUUUAACAGAUUUUUUUUGUUUCAAGGUUCUCCAGUUAUUUUCUUUUGUGGCCAUUUCAGUUAUAUUAUUAAAAGUGCCAUAUUUGCCAUUGAUCCAUCUUCCUCAUAUGUAACAUCCUAUUGUCUGGGGCAUCUAAAACUAUUCCCUGAUUUAAACAGAAAACACAUUUCCUGCAAAAAUUACUGCCUGAAUGCUACGUCCUCUGUUAUCAGUCAAACUGCUGACAGGAAGGACUGUAAUUUGUACUUGUUGCUCUAGCCUGGGGCAGGACAGGGGUUUAGUGGAAAAUUUAAGAUGACCUGUAAUGCAGCAUGAAAAAAUUAAAUCUGCCACAGCUAUAAUGCUCCGGAUCAGUGCUGAUGCAGGCUACCACUGACCCAGGCUACAUGCAGAAAGCGUCUUGCUUCAGCAAAACACUGAAUGUUAGUUGCUCAGAGAUAUCUUAAGCUUUUGCACAGAAAACAGUUUUCAGGCAUACUUCCCAAACUUUUUUAUCCUUUAACCUAAGUAUACAGAAUAGCCUGCACUAUCUUCCUUUAAAUAUCAUGUCAGAAUAAUACAUUUUUAUAAUUUGAUUUUGCCUUUUCAGCUGUAACUUCUAUUUCAUAUAUCUUUACUUUUAUACAAUGGAAUCUAACUGCUGCGCUGACAAAUAAACAAUUUAAUGAUUUUAAAGAGUACAUUUUCUUUGUCUCAGAUACUGUCAGAUAAGCAACUUUGAUGAGUUGGCUAAUUACUGAUCAAAGCAGUACCUACCUCCAGAAAACACAGCUGGAUUUGCCUUAAUCUUAGUUCACUUAUGCACAUCUGGCACUACCGCUGGUUAUCGAGCCAUUUUUGCAGCCUCCCUUCAAGUGUACUCAGAGCAAUGGCACCACGAACUUGAGAUGCAAAGAGACUUUCUUAACAACCAGAUGACUGCUGAGGAACCCAGUUUCAGAACAGAUCAGGAUACAAAUGAACUUUAUGGCUUUCAAAGACAAGAACAGCUAACAAACAAUAGAUCUGUGAAUGUCAGCAAAUAUUACAUGUUUCAGGCAUCCCCUUUGGAGAAAUAACAUCAAAAGAAUGACAUGAGACAUAAAUGUACAUCACCUUUAGAAAGAACAUCUUUUCAAAGGUCAUCAAGAGAAAUGGAAACAUUAGUUGGGUAACAAUUUGUUGCAAAUUAAGAAGUUAAGUAUUAUUUCAAACCACUUGUGUUGUUCCUUUCCCCUUUUCUUCUUGAACAAUUUUUAUAGCACACAGUUAAGAGACUCAUUAGAUGCAGCAUGUUUUUCCUCACAAAAAGUAUUUCUAAGGUGAAACUAAGGCUAAAAACCACCAGUCCCUGAAGGAACUGUAGAGGAAUCAAACUAAACUUUGCAAGAGACAACCAGACACUGACCCGUUGCUGUUGCCGACCACCCCCAGCCUUGCACAGAAUAGUCAAAUCUCCUUUAAAGCUAAAGCAUUUAUCACUGCAGGUCUUUACGUUCACACAAAUCUGCUUUUGAAGUCUUAGUACUGUUGUUUUACCAUCAUACUUGGCGAGGGAGGGAAAAGUAGGCCGAAGAGUAAUACUUCUAUGUUACUGUCAGUGUAAAUGGCAACAUCUCCGGGGGAAGGGGAUGAAGCGAAACAACUUUUACUCACAGUAAAUACAAAUGCUUGAACUUGUUUAGGUCAUAACCUUUUACCCUUGACAUAUGACCUUUAGGUCAUAACCUUUAACCCUGGACAACAUUCUCCACUGCAAAACAAACAGCAAGACUACUGCCCUGCGCCCAUUAACACUGGGAAUUAGGUAUAAAAUACGCUUCCCCAAGAAAACUGUAUUUGUUUCAAACCAGCUGCAGCUUUUCAGGCCAAACCAUAGGCUUUAAAAGGGAGCACAAGAUACGUGCCCAGGGUUUGUGUGGCAGUGCCCGCACUCUGCGUCUGCUCCUUCCCAGCGAACCAUCACAGCGGAGUGCGGGUCACCGGCCUCCGGGUCCCGUCCCUUCUACCGCCUGGUGGCUCGGACACCGCUCGGCAAACCCUGACGGGGAGCUCCGAACGGGGACCGGGAAGCCGAGGCCGAGCCGCGACGUCCGUCCCGCAAACCCAGCCCCCGCCCCGGGGCUCCGGCAGGGCAGCGGGGGCGCCCCGGGGCUGGGCCGCGCGGGGACUUCAGUCGGAGAGGAGCCGCUCCGGUAGGCGCCCGGCCCCGCGGGCC